GCCAAAUUGAUCACAUCAUCAUGGACCAUCGCAACGCGCACAAGGACGAUGACGCCAGCGUGCAGAAAAUUGCUAUCGUGACUGGUGCUAACUCUGGGAUCGGAUUUGUAACCGCCAGCGCGCUUGCACGGGCUGGAUAUCAUAUCAUCCUAGCGUGCCGAAACCCGGAUCUAGCGCAAGAGGCGCUUGACACGCUGAAGCGCCAGACUGGGCUCGAGACCUUUGAGAUCAUGCAGCUGGAUUUGGCAUCGCUGGAGUCAGUUAGCAAUUUCGUCAAGCAAUUCAAGGCCAAGUACGAGACGCUGGACAUCCUGGUUAACAAUGCCGGCGUGAUGAUGUGCCCGUACUCGCAGACCAAGGACGGUAUUGAGAUGCAGUUUGGCACCAACCAUAUUGGCCACUUUGCGCUGACAACACAGCUGCUAGAUAACCUGAAGGCAGCCAAGGGCGGUGCUCGCAUCGUCGUCGUUGCAUCACUGGAAGCCAAGUACGACCGUAACAAUAACUACGCGAUGGCAAAGCUCGCCAACAUCAUGUUUUCGAACGCACUUGCGCGCAGGCUCGAGGGUACGAACGUCACUGUAAACUCACUGCAUCCGGGAUCGAUCAAGACAAACUUGACACGCCAUGUGGGCACAGGUGCUGUCAUGGACACCCUGACUAAGGCGCUAUUUAUCGAUGCACAAGCUGGCGCACUGACCUCAAUUUAUUUGGCUCUAUCACCAGAGGUUGAGGGUGUUUCUGGAAAGUACUUUGCGCGAUGCGGAGAAGCCAACCCACACGCAAAGGCACUGGAUGAAGCUGAGCAGGACAAGCUGUGGGAAUACUCGGAGAAAUUGGUUGCUGAAAAGUCAAAGUAGAUUCAGAAAAUAUCAUGUCAUUUUGAGCAUAUCUACUUCAUCUACCAUUAGGUUUCCAUAUAGACACAGCCUUUGUAGCAUAGCGAGGGUGAGGCCAUAUGUCCAGCAUCUAUCAUCUUUU